AUGGAGAUUCAUUCAGUGCUUCCUGAAGAACGUGCAAGAGACCCCAAAGGUGAUACCCUUCCCUGGGGGUAUCGCUACACAGAUUCUGCCAGAAAUGCUCGACAACCGGAAGAGAGUGGACCGUUUGGCCGUAAUCGAAGUCUACGAGUAACAGGCUCGCGAACUCCACGUGCAAGAACCGGCACUACGCCUGUACGGCAGAAGGAGAAUACCGCCGUGGCCGACUUCGGUCGAUUAUAUGCAAAGGAGCAGGCGAAAGAGGAGGAAAGAACUAAGAGUUCUCUGACGUCUUCUGCUGGCUCCGGCGACGCAGCACGAUCAAUUGAACCAGAAGCUGUCCCGACGGAAUGUCUCCUCUACGGGUACGCGGGCAAAGCAUCGGAGUGGAAAGUCCUGUCGAAAUUUGAAAAGAUAGCCCAUCCCGGCAUUAUAUGCGAGGACUAUCCAAGGGAAGAUCCCAAUCUCUUCCUGGCAUCAAACUCUCCGCUCGGCUUUGCAAACUCCUCUGUCGUGGUGCGUCAAAAUUUGAGCCGGGAAGCAAUGAGGAAAAGUAGGGUUUAUAAGGGAGGACAACACUGGAUCAAGGUCACGUUCGAUUCAUACCAAGCUGCGGAAAGGGCAUGUUUUUACAGCCCCAUCGACAUCGACGGAUGCAUGGUACAUUGUGAGAUGUGGCAGGGGAAAGGACCUGCAGCAGACGUCGCGAUACCGAGGGGACCUCUGGAUUCAGACAGGUCAGACCUCAUACCGCCAGACGUCGGUCGAAAGGCUAGAACACUAGGUCCCUCGCAGUCUGCGAGAAUGCCGACAGGAAAAGACUCGACCAUUGCAGGUUUUGAACGAGCCUUGCAAACUCUCCCUCGAUCUCAGACGGUGCCAGACGUUCAAUACGGCCAGCCGACGAAUCCUGAAGACGAGCUAUCCAUUGGAUCUACUACCGCCUCGUCCGCCACGGCGACAGAUGCUGUUGCGCCUCCCGCCUCGCCCUCAAUCACAAUAGGAACAUCCGGUCUACGAUCUCGGUCUGUUCCUCCCCUUCACAGCCAAACGACGGAAUCAAAUCUGGACUUGGACUCCGAGUACAUGACGCAUAUUAAGGUCAAAAAAGCGAUUCUUCGUCCGAUUUCCGAAGCUCUGCCACCACAACCGACCUUUGCCGAACGCGUUCUUAGAAGCAUACCGAUCGUGACGUGGUUUAUUGGCGGCGGCAACAACAAGCAAGGAGGAGGAACUACUGGGGAUAUUAUCGGAGAGGGACCCUUGCUCAAGGAAGACGGGUCGUGGGAUCCGGCUAAUGGCUGGUAUUGGUCUCUUUGGCACUCCCUCGAUUAUUGGCUAGGCACGGAUUUCUGUGGUCUCAAGGAUGAUUGA